GUCACCGUGCUAUUACCUUUCAGUGGCCACGUUUUGCCAAGUGUCGAACACCCAGAAAGCCAAGGAAAAACAUUUAUAAAUAGCGUAUUGAGCUGCUUCAGACACUCUCACAAAACCAAGGUGUAGCGGAGAGUUUAAGGACUGGUUCUUCUACACCCUCUUCAUAUUUUUAAGAACUUUUUUGAAUCAAAACGAUUGAUUUGGUUUUUCUACCUCCCUCACCUUCUCUCGCUCCCCAUUAUUGGAUGAUUAUUUUUAACCGUUUUUUUUUUUUUUUUUUUUUGGGAAUUCGGCAUUUUCCACCGGUGAGUGCUUUUUUUCUUCUCUCCAUUGAUCUAGUUUUCGUCCCUACAAUGUAUUUCCAUUGGAGUACUGAUGCAACGGUGGAAUCGAUUAUAUAAGUAUUUAUGUUAUAUAUUUUUGAGUUUUCGCAUAUGAGUGAAAAUGUUUUAUGAAUUGAUCUAGUGUUUAUGCAAAUCAUUUUUUAUAAGUACCAUGAGAAUAGUAUUGUAUACGUAAUCAUAUGGUCUGAAUGACAAUUUAUACUGAGGACUAUUUGUAGGACACGUGCUUCUGCAAACAAUUUUUAUGGGUUUUUCAUUCUUGUCAGUUUUUAAUGAUAUUUCACUUCUUGGGUGGUUGUGGAAGGUUCAGUUAGGAGGAAUAACACCAUUAAACUAGGUUAGAGGAGGGAAGUAUGGAGCCUCUAUGUGAGUUUUGUAGGGUGGCGAGGGCAGUGGUAUAUUGUAAAUCAGAUUUGGCUUGCCUUUGCUUGCACUGUGAUGGGUGUGUACAUUCUGCUAAUUCUUUGUCCCGAAGGCACAUGCGCUCUCUCUUAUGUGAAAAGUGCUUCUACCAGCCUGCAAUUGUCCGAUGCAUGGAUGAUAAAAUGUCUCUUUGUCAAGGCUGCGACUGGAAUGGCAGUGAGUGUUCAAGGCUGGGGCAUCGGUGCCACCCAUUGAAUUGUUAUACAGGUUGCCCUUCUUUGGAAGAGUUGUCAAGGAUUUUGUCCUCACUUCCUGAUAUGCCCCCUUCAAGUGGUUUUGAUAGUGGUUGGGAGCACGUGAGCACACUGCCUAUAGAUGAGAAUUGCAUCAGCAACUGUUUGGAACAAAGAGACAGUGAGGGAUCAUUUGGGUUGGUGGCAAGCAAGCUGAAUGAACUAGAACCUUGCUCUAAGUCUGACCCUUGGAUGGAGCUGUCUUCUGUGAUUCAACCGAAUCCAAAUUCCAUUCCACGCUGCAGAGAUCGAGCACCUCUCUUCCCUGAAGAAUCAAGUUUGCCAAAGGAUGCUUCUGAUUUCAAGGAUCUUGGAAUUUAUGAUGGCAAUGAUCUCUAUGAAGGUCUUAACAUGGAUGAUAUUCCAUUAACCUUAAAAGAUGGUGAGAUAUUUGGCUGUCCACAAGGUACUACCAGAUACCAGUUCGAGGAUGGAGGAAUGGAAUGCCAAUCGAUGGAGAAAAACUUAUCAGUCACUGAAUCUAAUGGUCCUAUUGAGAGUGCUUUGGAGGCAUCUUCGUCAGGACAACAAAAUUGUGUGGCUUUUCAAUCUUCUCAUCUUGGUGGGUCAACUAGUGUUAUGCAGUCCAUUAAUGGUAAUGCAAAUUGCUUACCAAUGAAUCAACCUUGCACUGGAAACCUCAAUCUGGGGUUACCUACUGGGCAAGUUCACUCAAGCAUGUCACUUUCAUUAUCCAACAUCACGGGUGAAAGUAGUGUAGCUGAUUAUCAAGAUUGUGGAUUGUCACCCGUAUUUCUAACAGUUGAAUCACCUUGGGAAUCAAAUUUGGAGGCUAGCUGCCCACAAGCAAGGGAAAAAGCUAAGAUGAGAUACAAUGAGAAAAAGAAAAGUCGAUCGUUUGGUAAACAAAUAAGAUAUGCCUCACGCAAAGCCAGAGCUGAUACUAGAAAGCGUGUGAGAGGGAGAUUUGUGAAAGCUGGAGAAGCAUAUGAUUAUGACCCUCUUGUGACAAGGAACUUCUGAGCCAUAUCACCCAAUGUCCACUCCUUGACUUGCAUGGCAAUGCCUGCUCGGAUGAGCAGAUUUUGUGCACAUUAGCAUAUCUUCAGCACUGGUAGCCCUUAGAAUAAAUUAGACGUUCACAUCUCUGGAUUCUGGAAUCCGUAUACUGCCUCACCUAAUAUUUUAAUAAUCAGUCGGGAGAUGCAAUUGACGAAGAACCUCCUGUGAGAACCUUUGGUUCAUGUCCUUUUGUGUAUCCUAGC